AUGAGUCAACAAGAGCAUAUAGCUCAAAGUUCAUCCAUUCAAAAUGAUUGUAUUAAAAGGAGAAGGCUUGUACAAUUCGAAGAGGAGGAAGAUGAACAUAUUGAACCAAAUGUUGUAUAUGCUAGAGAGAAUGUUCAUCUCACAAAUGAUGAAAAUGAUGAACAAGGGGUUGAAAAGAAUAUGCAUCUUCAGGUAAAAGAUGCAUUUUUCCUUCAUCAUAGUAGGAAACGAGUUCUUAUAGAAUGGAAUGGAAGUGUUCCAAUGCAAUACAAAGAUGCUGUUUUUGAGAAUACUAUUAAGAAAAUAUUUGUUGUUAAUGAUGAUGAACACAAAAAGUAUAUCUUGUCAAAUCUUGGAAAUAAGUGGAAGAAUAAUAGAUGCAAGCUAUUCAACGAGCAUUAUAAAUCGGAACUUAGUUGGGAUGCAAAUGUUAAUUUUAAUCCAAUUGGAGUUCCCAAAGACCAUUGGGCUGCAUUUUUGGAAUAUAGAUUGAGUCCAAAAACUCAGGAAUUGUGUGAAAAGAAUGCUACAAAUCGGCAACAACUAAAAAUUUCUCACACUCUUGGCUCAAAAACACUUGCUAGGAAACGCCAUGACACUACAACAAAUAAGGGUUUUCGCAACGGUCAAAAACCGUUGCCGUAG